UCUGCAUCGACGCAGCCCAGAGAUGUCGCCCAGCAAGUGGCUGCCUCUUUGGCUAGCAUGGUUGGGGGCUUCGGUCACCCUGAGCCAACAAUCUCCAAGGUUGCUGAUGGUCGCCCCCAGCGUGGUGCCUGUGGGGGCAGAAGUGGGGGUCGUCCUUCAGGUCGAGGGAGCCCCCUCUGGGCUCUCGGGCAUGGUCUAUUUCCAGAAUGAGAACACGGGGGUGAAAUGCUCUGCUGAGGAGCCCUUUAAUCUUCAGCCCAACAGUUUCUUGCAAAGAAUUACACUGAAGGUGACCCAUGAACUCUUCUCUCAAUGCCAACUGUCUCGCCAGCGACAGAAACGUUACAUUCAGCUUGUGGCCCGCACUGGUCCCAAUCAUGUUCAAACCCUCAACCUGCGUUGGAGCACGCGACGAGGGUACCUGUUAGUGCAGACUGACAAGCCAAUCUAUACCCCUCGGCAGAAGGUGAACUUCCGAGUCUUCGCCUUGGACCACAAGCUGCGGCCGAGCCCCGAGCCCGUCAUCAUCACCGUGAAGAACCCACGGGGUCUUCAGGUCCGGAGAGACCAGCGUGCUGCAUUUAACUUUGUGAUCAGUGAUCACAUCAGUAUCCCCGAUAUCGCUGAGCCUGGCAUUUGGAGUAUCACAGCCCAGUUUGCCAACGCUUUGGAGUCCAACACCACCACAGAGUUUGAGGUGAAAAAAUAUGUGCUUCCUAAUUUCGAGGUGACGAUUGUUCCAGAACGGAAAUACAUCCUCCUCUCCGGAGAGCGGGACUUCGAGUUGCAAAUUGAUAUUCAGGCUAAGUUUUUCUACGGGAAGGGGGUCACCGGGACAGCUUAUGUGCGAUUCGGAAUAAGCAACGAUGGUGGAGCAAAAACUUACAUCCCAGGACUGGAGAAACGAGUCCCGGUAGUCAAUGGCCACGGUUUGGUGUCCCUGAAACGCAGUCUCCUGUCGGAAAAACUUGGCCGUUCUCUGCAGAACCUGACUGGAACAACGCUCUACAUUGCAGCCACCGUCAUAGAGACAGCAAGUGGGGAGAUGGAGGAGCAAGAACUCGCCUCUGUGAAACUUCUGGAAUCUCCGUAUUUGCUGGACCUGUCCAAAACCAAGCAGCAUUUUGUACCCGGGGCACCAUUCGAAGUGCUGGCUACUGUUUCAUUCUCAGAUGGCACACCUGCCCCCCGCCUCCCAGUCCAUUUCUCCGUCCAGAUAACUGAGGGGCCAUCCCCUGAUAAUGCCCUACUAGACACCGACAACCAUGGGAUGGUGAAAUACAGGAUCAACAUCCCCGCUGGAGCAAAAAAAGUCACUUUUACGAUAACUGCGGGGAGAGAGUCUCCAUCAGAAACCACGCUGACUGCCACAGCCAUGAAUUCCCCGAGGGGCAGAUACCUGAUCAUCGACAGCCCAAAGCACCAAGACUUGAAUCCUGGAGAGACCCUCGAUCUGGGGCUGAAACACGUUGGACCGGAUGACUUCUCUAACUUCUACUACCUGGUUUUGAACAAAGGUGACAUUGUCUCUGCUAGCAGCGUGGCCCGUGGCUCUUUUACCGUGGUCCCCGUCCGCAUCACGCCCAACCUGAUGCCAACAUUUCGGUUUGUGGCCUUUUACCGUGUGGGGGACGAAGUUGUGGCAAACUCCAUCUGGGUGGAUGUAGUUGACACCUGCGAAGGGAAGCUGCACCUCAGCACAAAAGAAACAGUCAGCCACCUGCGACCCCAGGAUGUCCUGAGACUCACCAUCACCACCGAUGAGAGAUCUUCCGUCUCGCUCGUCGCUGUGGACUCGGCUGUCUACGCCCUCAAUCGGAAGAAUCGCCUCACGCAGGGCAAGGUCUUCCAGGCCAUGGGAAGUUACGAUCUCGGCUGCACAGCUGGCAGUGGGGAAGACUCCCUCGGCGUUUUUUGGGAUGCUGGACUCUCCCUCCGGGCAGGCGAACGGUACAGCCCGCUCCGAACAGCCCAUGGGUGCAAAGCAGAUGUUUCCCGGAAGAAGCGUUCAUUGGAGAUCCAAGUCCAACUCCAGGAGACCCACACCAACUAUUCAGAUUCCAAGUUACAGAGUUGCUGUCGGGACGGCAUGGUGCUGAUCCCCAUGUCCUUAACGUGUGAGCAGCGGGCCGAGCGGAUCAAGGGAGAGUGCUAUACCGCCUUCCUGGACUGUUGCCGGUAUGCUGCCAAACUACGACGCAAAUCUGGGGGUACCCGUGGUCUUGCUAGGGCUGAAGGCCUAGAGGAGGACGAGGAUUUUUUUGAUGACGAAUUCAUUCAAGUCCGGAGCGUCUUCCCUGAGAGCUGGCUGUGGAAAACGUACACUGUGGACACAACACAGACGGAAAUGUUGCUGCUCCCGGACUCCAUCACCACCUGGGAGAUCCAGGCAGUAAGCAUGUCACAUGGCAAAGGGAUCUGCGUCUCAGAACCUCUCCGGGUCAAAGUCUUCCAAGAGUUCCACAUCUCUCUGAGGAUGCCGUACUCGGUGAAACGCUUUGAACAGAUAGAGCUGCGCCCGGUCCUGUACAAUUACCUGCCUGACCCGAUCAAGGCCUUCGUAUAUCUGGAGCCUGCUGAGGGCAUCUGCUCUCCGGCCACGGUGGGCCCAGCAAGGAAGCAGCAGGUGGAGGUGCCAGGGAACUCGGCAGUCCCCAUCCCGUUUGUUCUGGUGCCCAUGGGAGCACACAACAUCCCCAUCACGGUUGUUGCCCAUGGCGGCUGGGGGGCUGGGGACAAGGUGACGAAGCUGCUGCGGGUUGAGAGAGAGGGCGCCGUUCAGCUGGAAGAAUACACCAUUCCCCUGGAUAUCACAGAUGGCCUUAGUAGGUCUGUGGAGAUUUCAGGAGAGAUGCCCUCCAAUGCCAUUCCUGAUGGGGACUUCAAGAUGAAUGUUCGAUUGACAGGAUCUGUGCCAGCUGACACUCUGGAGAGUUCUCUGUCGCCUGAAGGCCUGUCGUCACUGCUGCGAGUUCCACGAGGAUGCGCUGAACAAACCAUGAUCUAUAUGGCCCCAGCGGUCUAUGCCAUGCACUACCUGGACCAAACAGAGCAGUGGCUGAAGCUCAAACCAGACAGCAAGGAAAAAGCACUGGAGAACCUUCGCACAGGCUACGAGCGAAUCCUCACUUUCCGGAAGGCGGAUGGGUCAUAUGGAGCUUGGAUCCACACCCCAAGUAGUACCUGGCUGACGGCUUUUGUGGUGAAAGUUCUGUCUAUGAGCCGUCAGUACCAGGCGGUGGACGAAGGCAAGAUCCGCGAGUCGGUGCAGUGGCUGCUGAGGAAACAACAGUCCGAUGGCUCCUUCAUCGACCCGAAUCCCGUCUAUCACCGGGAUAUGCAGGGUGGUGUCGGCGGCCUUCGUGGGGGAGUCUCACUCACUGCAUUUGUCACCAUCGCGCUUAAGCAGGCCUUGGUCCUAUAUGAAGGACAGCAGUCAGACGCAGAGAAGAAGGAGCAGUUAAAACAAGUGGAACUCGGCCUGUUUCAAGCCACCUCCUACCUGGCCCGCUCGCUGGAUGACCCCUCUCUGGGUCCCUACCCUGUUGCCAUCUCCAGUUACGCCCUCUCGAUCGCUUCGCAGAACCAGUCUGCCUUGACUUCUGCUGAUGCCCUCCUGACGAGGCUCGCCACGCAGGAUCAAAACAACACGGAGAUACACUGGGCAGUGGGGGACCAAGAGGUCUCGGCCAUCUCUGUGGAGGCCACAGCCUAUGGGCUGCUCUUCCUAGUGAAGCGAAAGGACACCAAAACGGCUGGGAAAGUAUCUAAAUGGCUGACGGAGCAGAGGAAUUAUGGGGGAGGCUUCAAAUCAACACAGGACACUGUGAUAGCACUGGAAGCUCUGUCCAAGUACUGGAUCAGCACCUUUGACGAUGAAGACAAUGAACUGAAAGUGACCCUCACCACUCCCGGGAGAAGUCUGCCCAUAAGAGUCUCCAUCGGGAGGUCAGAAGACCCAGUCCAGGAAGAGCUGCAGUUUUCCUUGGGAAGUGACAUCCGUGUAAAGGUGGAAGGAAAAGGAAAAGGGACUUUGACUGUCCUGAAGCAGUUUCAUGUCAUGGCUGUUCAGAACACCUCCUGCCAAACCCUCGGCUUAAAGGUGGACGUGAGCGGCUCAGUUCGCCGAGAUGCAACGUUAAGCGACUACUACUAUGAGGACAUGGACUACGGGACUGGAGAAUCGGGGCCAUCAUCGCUGCCUGCUGAUCAGCCACUCUCGCCCAUCCAGUUAUUUGAUGCCCGCCGGCGCCGCAGGAGGGAAACCAAAGGUCCCGACCAGCAGCGAAGAGAUGUCACUUACAAUGUCUGCAUCUGGAGGCAGCCAGGGGCCCACGUCUCAGGCAUGGUCAUUGCUGACAUCACCAUGCUCAGUGGCUUCCAACCGGACCAGGAUGACCUCGACAAGCUGCGAGAUCUCGCCGAUCAAUACAUCAGCCAUUGGGAGAUGCAAGGGCAACGGCUGCUGCUGUACUUUGACACGGUGCCAGGAUCAGGCCAGGAAUGCAUCUCCUUUGGAGCAAAACAGCUGGUCCCGGUGGGAAAACUCCAGCCAACCAGUGCCUCCCUCUAUGACUUCUAUGAACCCGAGAAGCGCUGCAGCAUCUUCUACGGCAUACACAACAAGGACCAGUUUGUGUCGGCAUUGUGCUCAGAAGAUGUCUGCCAGUGCGCAGAAGGUGCCUGUCCACGUUUGAAGCGAACUCUUCAGGAAACCAUUAAAGAAGACACUCGUAUGCAGUUUGCGUGUUACAAUCCCCGUGUACACUAUGCGUUCCGGGUUCGAGUGGAGAGUGAGAGCCAAGAAAGCGCCUUCCGUGUCUACAAAGUGACCAUCGUGGAGCCCUUGCAGUUCACCGCAGACAUGGGGGUCUCCGCUGACCACACUCGACGUUUCGUAGUCCGUGCGGCAUGUCGGACGCGCUUGGAUCCAAACAAAGAAUAUCUUCUGAUGGGACGUGAUGGAGAAACACGGGACUCUGAAGGCCGCCCCCAGUACCUGCUGGAUAUGAACACCUGGGCAGAGGAGCUGCCUCCCUCUAAGCACUGCACAGCCACCAAGAAUCGUAACCAGUGUCUCAGCGUCCAGAAUUUCAUGAGUGCCUUUGCCGAGAACGGCUGCCGUGUCUGAACCAAGAACCGGACCAGAAUCCCACGUGUGUGUGCCCGCUGUUUCUCCCUGCAUCACCUGCGACUUUGCCUCUGAAUGGAGCGACUGAUGCCCAGAUCCCUUAACUCCUGUAUUUCUUCUCGUCUGAUGCUUUGCAUUUGAGGGAUUUGAGAACAUUAAAAGCAGAGCCCUGCGAAUCAGGACAAAGGCCAGUUGCCAGUGGGGUGCUUACAAGCGGAGCAUGGACACGACAGUCUUCCCCUGUUGUCCCCCCGCCUCCCCCCCAGCCACUAAUAUCCAGAGACAGACGUGGUGCCCUUUAGGUAUCACGGCUGACUGACCUGACCCAUAGGACUUCUCAGACCUCAUCUUUCAGCCUCCUGUUUCUGCAUGCAGUUCGUAUUACUUUUGGGUUCAUAUCUUAGGAGAUAUGUACAUCCUUUCCAUCAGUCUUGCACAUUUGCAUUAAUGUCACGCCAUCCUACAAUAAACAU